ACACGAGCAGGCGCGCGCAUUGAUUGACAGUUUUAUGUGUGACUCAUAUUGACAUUGCCACUGGGCUAUGCAAAGUGUCUGAUUAAAGUGUGGAAUAAACAAAGUCAAGACAAAAAGUAUAAAGCUAAACAAUGGCCACAAGCACGCUGACUGCAACGCCAACGGCGACGUCGGCGCAGAAUCCACAGCUGAAGCGUGUGGUCUAUUCCAAGUAUCGGGAGCUGUUGGGCUCGUAUAACGAUAAGGCCAAUGCCAUUAUAGAGACGCUGCCCGCUUAUAUGGUGCGCGAGGAUCGUGGCUUUCAUUUACAGGAGCUAACGCAGUUGCAGCCCAAUGACAACAACAAAGCCAACAACCUGGAUAACUAUGGACAACGCGGCGGUGGCGCCGCUGCUGCAGGUGGAGGCUAUGAGGCGCCCGCCUGCGUGCAGAACGCAAUGAUGACAAAAGACAAGAAGCCCUUCACCUAUACGCCCGGUGGCAUAGAUCUCUCCCAAAUACGCUCGGAGCGCAUGGCCAAGCGCUUGGCUCGCAAUGCGCAGUCCGAAGGCACCACUGGCGCAAGCCAACAGAACAGACCCUCACCCCAGUCGCCAGGUGCUGCUGCUCCGGGCGCAGCAGCCAGCUCCAUGGGCGCUGCGGCAAUGGGCAUGCCGUUUCAGGUGCUGCCACCACCGCCGCCGCCACCGCAGCCACAGACACAAACCGGUAAGAAUGGUCAGCAAGUUGCCAAUGCAGCACCCCCACCGCCACCCCCACAACAACAACAAAGCACAUUAGCACCGCCUGGACGUGUGAGUGCGCCUGGCUCGCCGGCAGCGGCACGCAAGUCGCCAACACCACAGCGCUUUGAGCCGCCGCCGCUGGGCUUCCGGCCGGAGAUCAAAAUACCGGCCAAUCCGAUGGCAGCGCUGCGCAAGGUGCCGCCGCCCGUGGAGAAGAACACUUUCUGGAAGGAUGAGUAUGUGAAGGACCGCUCCAAGAGCCCCAUGCCAGAAGCAACAACAAAUGACAAUGGCAAUGGCAACAACAGCGCUGAUGUCGUUGAUGCUUCUAAGCCAGCUGCUGCCAACAGCUACAACAACAACACUGAGAACGGCAACAGCUGCAGCCACAACGCGUAUGCACCACAGUCGCCCAAGACGCCGCCGCUGCAAUAUCAACAGCUGCAACAGCAAUAUCAACAGCAAUACGAUCAAGAGCAGCAGCAAUUGAAGCAGCAGCAACAGCAACUGCAGCAGCAGCAACAGUCGCCGCGUCCAGAGUUUCGCAGCGUGCCCAUGCCACAGUCGCCGGCUGUUAAUGUUUAUACGCGUCAAACCGAAAGUCCGCGCUCGCCUUUCGAGCAACAACAACAACAACAACAGCAACGUGCUACUGAAAGUCCUUUCCGUUAUGCACAACAACAGCAGCAGCCACAGCAGCAACUACAACGUCCUGCUGCGCCGCUAUCGCCGCUAGCUCAGCCACAGCAGCAGCAACAACAACAGCGUCCACCCACAGCAAUCUCGCCGCUAGCUCAGCAACCAACAGCAGCAGCAGCAACUGUGCCUUGGCGCACGCAACGCGCUACAUCUGCAGCACCACAGCAACCAACGCAACCACAGCCCAUUUUCAACAAUGUGCAGCAGCAGCAACAACAACAGCAGCAAAGAUCUCGCGAUGUUUUCAGCCCAGUCAGAACAGAGCAGCCAAGCUACAGCACUCAACAAAAUCAAUACCAAGCAGCUAAGCCCACCAAUGUGGGCUCGCUUUAUAUUGCGCCAUUGUCGCAGCCUACAGAGCCGCAGGCUCAGCGCCUGUUGCUGCAGCAGCAAGCUGGCGGCGCUCGAGACUCGCCCAUGCGUCAAAUGCCGCAGCAGCAGCAGCCACAACAACAGCCUGGACAGCCUAUGCGCUGGUUGAGCUCACAGCCUGCAGCCAAGGAGCAAGCACCUUGGGCGCGUCCCGAGGAGAAUGGCAAUGUGAUGCCUUCCUCGUUGCGUCAGCCUCAAGCACAAAGCACAAGCAACAACAACAACAACAAUUACUAUCAACAGUCAAGCACACAAACCAAUGGCAAUGGCUAUGUAGCAGCUCCAGCUACAGCUCCAGCUACAGCUCCAGCUGCAGCUAUGCAGCAAAACUUUGGUCAAAAUCCAGCACACAGCGGCUUGCGCCUGCAGAUUAAUAUGAAUGCCAACAAUAACAAUACCAAUGGCAAUAAUCAGAAUGGACCCAGGGAGCGCAUUAUACCCAUUACCUUGGAGCAGACGCCCACCUAUGCUGCCGCUCAGCCCAACUUUGGUGGUUACAACAACUUUGGAGCAUCACAGCAGCAGCAGCAGCAGCCACAGCCGCAGCAGCAACAUGUCAUCAUCAGCAGCAACAACAACAAUAACAACUCUACACGCAUUAUACCUAUUACCAUUGAAGCCGGACGUGGUGGACCUGUCAGCCAGUCGCCCGUGCUUUUGCAAAACGAUCCACGCUCACCGCCCAUACAGUCGAAAUCGUUUAGAAUAUUGCAAAAGAUCACCGACACAGUGGACGAUGGCGCCAAUAGCAACAACAACAACAUCAACAGCAGUCGGCAAGAGUCGCCGCUGCAGGAGCCGGAGCUGCAACGUCCGCAAUUUGCGCGCCAGAUGAGCGCACAGCAGGCGCGUCAUAGUCCGACUAUUGAGCAAAUGAGGCGACUGCAGAUUGCACAGGAUCAGAGCAGUCCACCAGUAGCUUGGUCCCCGCAAGGUAAUGGCACACCAAAUCGUUUUAACACACAGCGUUCGCCUUUUGAUACACAACAACAAUAUGUGCCAGCUAGCGAGCAACAGGCACCGGAGCCUAAAAAAUAUACGGGCAGCGCUAUACCAAGUCGUUCAUUUAAAAUUCUACAGGCAAUGACAACACCAGAGAAUGCCGAGCAUAAAAUUCACACCGAGCUGGACUCGGAUUUGGAAAUUGUUGAAUUGAACGAAAACAAUAAUCAUAAUAAUAAUAAUUAUAAUCAAAAUAAUAUUAUUAAUAAUAAUAAUAAUGUCGAUCAUAAGCGCGAGAUUAACAAUAAAAGCAACAAACGCCAUAGUUAUGCAUCAGGCACGCCCCUCAUUGACACUAGCAAGAGCAAUAGCAAUAGUACUAGCACAUGUCCAGCCAGCUACUCAUCCAAUUCAUCGCUUAGUUCCACAGAUGAUAGUUCAUGUCCCAAACCGCAGCCGGAACGCUCACAGUCCGUGCCGCCACAUUAUGCUUAUGCCUACGGUUAUGCGCCUUAUCCUUGGUACAUGCCGCCGCCUCCAGCUGGCCACACUGCUGCUCCAGAUGGCGCGCAGUUGCCACCUUGGCCUUACUGGCCACCACCACCUCCGCCGCCAGCGAAUGCUGCUGGCAAACAGCCCGAGGGCUUUGCACCUUAUCCUUACUAUUAUCCUUAUUAUUUACCGCCUCCGCCUGCCUAUGGCCAAACAGCCGGCAAUGCUGAUGCGCCAGCAUUUGUGCCGCCUCCCUAUGCUUAUCCCUAUCCCGUUGCGCCCAGCUAUAGUCAGAGCUCCACUGAGAGUCGCGCCAGCAGCGUAUUGCCUGACAUCAUAAUCACGCCCAGCACCGAUGAUAUGCCCUCGCAGGUUAUCAUGCAGCAUCACAUCAAGGUGGAGCCACGUGAGCCGCCCAAGCGUGCGCAUUCCGUGGAGAUUGAGGAGCUAACCAGCAGCGCCAAAACACGCAACGUUUGUAAAAAUCAGCAGCAGGUCAUAGAUGUGCUCAGUCAGCGUUUGGCCAACAUUAACAACAUUGCCGCUGGUCAUACGCAGGCCAAUCUAUCCAAGCAGCUGCAGAAGCAAUACGCAGGCGAGCAGUCCAAGGAGCUGGGCGCGCGUUCGCCCACUGAGAACAAUGAGCAGAGCAGCGAUGAGGAGACAGACACACCCAAACAUGUUGAGGCGCCCAAGCCAGCGCCACUGCAGUCUAUAAAGAGUGUAAACAAUGUGCAGAUCUAUCAGCAGCUGGACUCGGAGAGCGAAGAUGAUGAUGAUGAUGUAACCACUGCUGAGGAAAUGUCUGAUGAGGAGGAGCAGGAGCCAGAGUAUAUUGUGGAAGAGGAUCUAAGCACCAUUUAUGAGGAGGAAAGCGAACUGGAACGCAGCAGCGAAUACGCCAAGACGGUUAUUGAAGUCGAAGAAAACGAUGAUGAUGAUGAGGAUGAGGAAUCCAAUUCGGUUACAGUGCGUCUGCCGCUGCGCUUCAGCUUUAGUCGCAGCUCAAAUGAUGAGAACAUUGCCACAGUGCAAGUUGGCAGCAGCACACAAAUUGAAGAGCGACGCGGCAGCUUGGAGAAUAAACGCAAUUCCUUUAGCAUAGCCAAGCUUGAGGACGACGCUGAAGACGACUGCGAGGUCAGCGUUACCAUCAGUCUAUCCAACUCCAACUCUUCGCGUUCCAAUUCUGUCGAGAAGCAUACGACUCCGCGUAAAAAAAGUCAAGAGGAUGUAGCCGCCAGUUUCUCGCUGGGCAUGCGCAAUAAGUUUGCCCGCGAGCCGCUUGCUGAAGAAAAGGAAAAAGAAACUGCAGCUGCGCCAGAAGAAUUUGAUUUCUUUGCUACCUUAAUGGCAACCAAAGCGCAGGCGCAAAAAAUGCUGGAGCAGUCCAAGCUAAUGUGGAAAUCUUCAGAACAGCCUGCAGAUGAAAUUAAACUGCGCGCUAAGGAAACAGAAACUAAAGUUAAACGUCCGCUAUCCAUGGAUGUUAGCAAGUUGCAAGAAGAAACUUUAAAGCUGCGUGUUAAAGAUGCGCAGUCUAAGCCUACACGCCCUCUAUCAGCGGAUAUGAGCAAAACACAGGCAACACUAGAGGCUGCUAAAAAUAGCUUUUGGUCAACUUUUGCCACAGCAGGCAAACAGCAAGAGAUCGAGCAGCAAGACGCUGACUGCUCCGCAAGCAUAAAUGAAGUUAAGGAGCAGUCACAGUGCUCUAAGAAGAAGAAGACUGUGAGUUAUACACCACUGCAAAAGGAAACUGUAGCAAAAGUAGAGCAUUGGGCCACAACACUAAGAGCACAGGUCUCAGUCCUGCCUCAAGCACAGCGAGCUGAAAUGGAAUUUAUAAAAGAGCAAACGCCAGUUGAAGGGCAAAAAAUAGUGGAAGAGGUAGAAGAAGAAGAAGUGGACUUCUGGGCCACAAUGGAACAAGAUAAAUCAGUGGCGGCGGCUAAGCCAGCCGUUGAGCCAGACUUUUGGGCAGAGCGUGAAUCAACACCAGAGCCAAAGCCACAGGCACAAACAGCAGAUGAAAUGGAUUUCUGGGCAGAGGUCAACUCUGCGAAUAACAGCCCAAAUGAAGAAUAUGCAUACGAUCCCACUAAAUACCCAGAGGAGCCACGUGAAGUGGACACUGAUGAAGAAAUUGAUUUUUGGGCCGAAAUUGAAGCCAAACGUCAGCCAGAUGAUGACGAUGAUGUAACUUUUCACAAGUCGGCAACCUUUUGGGCGCGCAAGGAUCGUCAGAAUUCUGUGGACGAGACGCCCUACAAGCCCGUGGAAACCAAAGCGUUUCGUGCCAAGCUGCCGGAUGAGCCAGCAGUGGAGAUCGAUGUGUGGUCUACGCUGCAGGCAGCGCGUGGUGAGGAGCCAGUGUUAGUAGAUCCUGUGCUGGAGCAAGAGCAGCUGCUAGCCGAGCAAUAUGAAGAGCUGGAGCAUGAGAAGGAACAGCAAGUGGAGCAGCCAGUCGAAGAGCAUAGAGAACAAACUAAUUUAACUGAAAUGGAAACCAUGUCGUUAGCAUCUAUGCAUGAGCCACUAACAGUGCACACUUGGACGGCGAGUAACUAUGAUGAGCAGCCAGCGCAAUUGCAGGCAGCUGCAGAAGAAGGAGAAGCAGAAGAAGAAACAGACUUUUGGGCAGAUAUGGAGCAGGAGCGCAGCCGCAAAGAGCAGCAGGAAGAGGCAGAGCUAAAGCGUCAAAAUUAUAGACAAGCUAUGGCAUUCUUCAAUACCUCCAUAGAUGAGCAAAAAGUGGAGAAAACUACGUCACAACGCAACAGUGCGCUGCUGCAAACAGCAGAGUCCAUUGAUCUAGGCCCACCUGGUGAGUACGAGCUAGUGGGUGAAGAUGGCGAGAUAAUGGAGGCGUACAACAAGCAACAGCAAGACGAGCAAGCAGCUGAAGAGGAGGCAGAGCGUGCAGCAGUAACGCCCACCAAUUUACCUGAAGUUUAUAUAGAGGCGGAAACAGAGCCCGAAGCGGAGCCAGAAACGCCAUCAAAGCCCAAGCUGCUGUCUAAUGGUCUACCUGAUCUAGGCUUGGUGGAAACGCCUAAAAUUUCAGUGCGGGAUCGCAUUAAUGUAUUCGAAACAACGCCAGCUAAGACGCUGGGCACACACUCGCUGUCCGUGGACAGUGGCCAUGGCAAGGGUCAGCUCUCGCGCAACAGCAGCACGCAGCGCUCCGAGUCGGAGAUUGAGGAAGAUGACUCGGGUGUAACCGACAUGAAUCGCCAGCUUUCGGAGACAGACACAGAGUCCGAGAGCUUCCCGGAGCUGCGCAAGAUGACGAGUUAUCAGCGUGCCGCGACACAUUCCAGACUGUUCAAGCUGCUUCAGGAUGAGAACGAUUUGCCCGAGGCAGCGCUGGCGGCGCAGGCAGAUGAGUUUCAGUUCAAGCCCAGUCGUCGCAAGAUCGUGCACAAUGUGUCCAUUACCAGGCGCCAGAAUCCCAAUGCAUUGAGUGAGGCGGAGACCAUGACACAGCGUCGCGAGCGUCUGUCGUUGCCGCUAUGCAAAAACACCAGCAUUGAUGCAGAUAAUCCUUCCACACCCAACAGUCCUGCUUCGCCCAUUGUCUGCCCCUCGCCCAGCAAGCAGCGUGUGGUGAGCGACAAGCUGGUCAAUGAGCUGGUGCAGAGUCUGCUGCUCAAGAGCGACAGCACGCAUCUGCGUCAGCUGCCCAUGGAGAAACUGCAGGCGGCAGCCAAGCGUGCCUUGGUGGAGGAAAUGGAUUCGCUGGAGAACAGCUCGCUAGACAGCACGCCCGCAUUGACGCCAAAGCAGGAUAAGGAGUACAGUGAUUACUACAAUAGCUGGACGGACGCCAAUGGCAGUGGUGAUGAGAUAGUGCCCUCCAAGGCUUUUCGCGCGCUGCAGGAUCCCAGACGCAGUCCCUGGACUGUGCGCUGUCCACGCGUGCUCAGCUCCAAGACCAUCAAUCGCGAUCUGGCGCGUGUUACGGAGUCACCGGAGAUAGCCAACAGUCGCGGCAGCAAAAGUCCCGAAUGCUUUAGGCAACAGUCGCGGGAACGUUCAUCAAGUAGCUGGCGCAAGCUCUAGGGAUUAGUUUUAUGGGUUUAUGGGAUUAUUACGUAGACUUUAGUACCAAGCACUGCCCCCUUGUUUGUUAAUGGGAAUAUCUGCGGGUUUCAUGGGGAUGGGUCAGUCAACCAGUUAUUGCAUUUGUUCUCAUUAUGCUCACCAUACACACUGUACAUUAAUUUACGAAACAUAACUAAAACUUUAAUUAAAUAAUGUAUAUAAAUAAUUAAAAUUUAAACUUCAAAACUAUCAAAACAUAAAAAUUAAAAAUCGUUCAUUCGUUCGUUCCUACGUUUGUUAUCUCAAUAAAAUUCAUUUCAUGAAUUAAAUUCUCGUAACUGUCGAAAUCGACCAAAUAAUAAAUAAAACCAAACAACAAGAAAAACCAAAAACAACUCCAAACCUCAACUAUCUAAUCGCCACAGUAAUAAUUAAAACCGAAACUCAAAAAUACAAAUUUCAUCAACUCAAUGAUUUUGUAAAACUCGUUCAAAAUCCUAAGGACCUGGCCAAUCGGAUCUAUAAUUAUUUCUCAAUGCCAUAGAAAUCAAUUAUAGAGGAGAAGAGAGCAUCAAGUGCAGAUGUCUUUAGUUUAAGUACCAGCACACAUAGGAUUGUUUUAAUAUCAAAUAGCUUGGGAACGGGACACCCCAGUCAAUGACAGUUUUUAGUGAAAAUUUCGUAAAUGACUAAUCAACUUAGCAUUGUAGCUGAACAAGAAAUUAUGUAUUUUUAUUUUCCCCCAAUUGUUAAACGCGAUUUGAUAGCAGCACUAAAAUUUCUAACCCAAUUUAACGAAAGCGAAUCAUUACUAAUCUUAAUAAUUAAGUUGUAAAAAGAG